CAGAUAAUAUUAUUUCGUACAGAUAACUGCGAGCGGAACGCCAAGACUCAUUUCAGAACAGUGAGGAAAGGUUCAGUUCAGUUUCUAUACGGCAACCACGGGAUUACGGCAGAGCAGUCAGAAGUAUGCGCGUGCUCUGCUGCAGUGUGCUUGGCUUGGCCUGUCUUGCGCUUCUGUGUGACGCAAAAGGAUCAGUUGAUACCUCAGAUGACGAUCAUAGCUAUUCUCCACGACUGACCACGGCAGCAGAACCAUGGUCACCUAGAGCUCCACAUGCAGCUACAGCCGGGACAACAAUCAGCCAAGUGCUUGACACGGCAACGACAAAGAAGACCGCCAAAGGUUCCUCGCAUAGGGAAGUUAGAAGAGGAUAUACCAGAGAAAAUGGUGUCAAGCAACAAGUUCAAACGCUUCCUUCCACGGCCAAGCCUCCUUUAAUUAAAUCGAAGUUCCUGAGCGCUAUGUUGAAGCACGUUUUCAACCUCGAGAACGAUGUGCGUGCAUUACGUUCGGAAACUGCUCAGGGGCUAAAGAGAAUAGAAGAAGCGGUGUCCGCAGUCAACGCUAAGAUGGGUGAAGAACCUUGGCCAAAAGCACUGGCCAAAAUGACGCGCCAAACUUUCACUCAAUACUGGAACAUCAACAACUUCCGCGGACAUAUAUCUCGUGCCGUUGCCAACACUACUACGAUCAAGAGUGACAAAUUCAUCAUCGGUGGUUACACAGCCAAGCUGCGGGCGUCUCUGGAGAACGUCGCAGGAGAGAUGUCGCUCGGGAUUUACUUUCACUUGUGUCCAGGGCCAGACGAUUCUCUUUUGCGAUGGCCAUUCAUUUCGCCGUUUGUUUUGUCGUUAGUUCACCCCAAGUUUCCACGAAAAAAUGUACUGCACGUUGCAAUACCCCAGAGCUUUGCGGAGGGAGAUAGUGCUUUCUACAAGAGACCCAAAGGCACCUGUGGUGCGGGUUACGGAAUACGGCAGUUUCGGACACUAAAAGCAACAGAGCGUGACGGGUUCGUUUUCGACAACGCUAUUACAGUGUCUGUGACAUUGUAUCGACUUGCAGGUACGCGUACCGUUUACUAGAGUCGCUUCGAUGCUCUAGAAUGCCUCUAAUUUGCAUCGCAGCGGAACGGUUAGUUUCUUCCGUAACGAAACGUGUGGAGCUGGUUGGAGUAUAGAUUUACACGUAAGGUGAGUCAGCCUAUUUGUCUAGGGACAUGCUGCACGUGCCGCAGGGUGGGACUGCGGAUUAUUUCGACCACGUGGGGUUCUUUUGACGUACGCCGGAAAUCUCCGGAACACGGUGCUGGAAGCAAUGUUUAUAUCCUCCAGAUUGUUACCGUAACACUUCAAAAACAAGGGACAGAAAACAGCUAAUUGCGACAACUUAGGUGUGUCCUGUCUUAGUUCUUUUCUGUCCCUCGUUUUUCUACUGUUACGGUCGCCAGCAGUCAUUUCCUUCCGUUUCACGAAAAUAAUUCGUCUUCCACUCGUUAUAAUUCAUUUAGUUAAGCCUCUGUUUUCUCAAUGGUUAAUCUUCCCGGAAAAAAUUGUUGACAGAUUGACAUUCUGAAUAACGAAGGGGAACUAUGCGGUCUGAAGAUAGCGAGCCGUUCAUACAGCGAGGAAAUUCGUAAACCAAGUGUUCAAAAAUCAAGGGAAAUUUAUAACUUCUUGGGACGAGCUGUGUUUCUGGGAACUCUGACAGCAUUCUUAGCCCUUCAAAUGUACACAAACCCACGUCAAAACGAGGAAAUAAACAUGCCAACUUGUGCCUCGCAACUCGCCAAUAUGACUGGAUUGCAAUACAUGUGCUCAUCGUUCGCUUGGAGGCUCGUUGAAAGCGUGCCUUAUGUUUAUGUUCGAUUAAAUGCGACCAUACCACGAUGCACUGGGCUCAUAUUUCAGUGAUAUUCGGCAAAACGUCUAGAUUGCUCGGCAAUAACAUGCCACCAAAUCAAUGCUAUAUACAUUCGGGGUCUUAUACAUCUUUUUCUUUCUUUUCCUUUUUUUCGUGUUAUCGCCGCGAAGCAACUGUGGGUAUGAGCGGCGUACAGACGUGGACAGAACAAGAGAGGACACCAGGAAGGAGACGGGAGACAGGGUGAUUAGUAUGCGUCCUGGGCCGACUUCAGGGGGAACUGUACCGACUUUCGUCUAUAAAGUCUUCGGAAAACCCCAGACAGCACAGCCGGCGGUAGGAUUCGAACCCACCAUCUCCCAGUCUUCAGCACGACCUUGGCUACCCCCAACGAGCGGACGCCUUAGCGCACUCGGCCAUGCCGCUAGUCUUAUACGUCUGUUGGAGAAAAAACACUGUUUCGUUUUCUUCUUCUCGUGUUAUUCUAACGUGCCUGGUACAUAUUCCUAACGUUGCUUCUUUUUUGUCUAUGUAUAUAUGUUUACGGGCCGUUUGUCACGGGGGACUGACACCCGUUAACGAAACUGUCGCUGUCCUCCCAUUUCUGUGCCGCUCCCACGCGUGGUGUCGGGUUACCGCUCCUGUUGGUGUGCUCGGCUCCUUCCCUUUUUCCUUGAACUUGAAAGCCAGUUGCAAUAAAGAAAUUAUUCUGGGC